AUGAUCGGAAACAACGAAACGAUCAAUGCCAACACGAUCAAAGAACUACUCGCAAGGCGGGAACAGGACCCGAGCUUCAACUACUCGAAACAGCAAUUGGAUAUGGAUUGCAAAAAUGUCUGGGUCUAGAAGGAUGCAAGGUUUGUCAUGCAGAUUUUCCAUGACCCAUGAGCUUUGGAAAGCGAGACCCAGCAUGACAGAUUCUCUGGAGUCUCUCUCAUGCCUUUCCUGCAUGAGGAACUCCCUCUCAACUUGGUCAAAAGCGGACAGCUUUUGGCACUCACGCAACAUAGAUUUUUGCAUCAUUCAGAUUUAGCAUGACGAGUUUUAACCUUCCAGACCCAGACAUAUUUGCAUUUGAUACUGGAAAAAGAAAAACAAAAAGCCGAGCAAAUCGCGGCUCAAAUCCCAAAAAUGUUCCGAGAACUACUCAAGCCGCUGUUCUAUCCAGAGGAAAUCUUGCAACAGGAAAGCAGGAACUACACCAACAAGGGAACAACAGGGGGAGCAACAUCCGCGGCGCAUUUCAUGAACCACCCGGAACAGGUACUGGAGGAGUGGUUCCGCGUGAGCCAGUAUCCUGUGAAAAAGUAUCGUACUCGUAUAAUUGCAAUCAUGCAUUACAAAUCUUGUUCUUAAUGUAAAUCAGGAUUACAAAUUUUUUUUCUCAUGCUGAGGAAAUUUCUGAUGCAUUUAUACGAGUGCGAUACUUUUUCAGAGCAUAGCCAGCUUGGCGAAUUUCACUUCUCGUUUCACCAUCUGAAUCACUACUCCAGCAGCGCUAAUUUCCGGUUCUGGGCGAAUCUGACGACGAACAGCACCAUUCCCGUCAGUUACGCGCUCGACCUGCUAACUCAGCAGUGUGCGAGUCUAGCAGUGGUUCUGGAGCAGGGAAUAACGGCGGGGGUGGCGCAGGAGGACGAGACAGGGGCGGGAGAGAUUAACG